UACUGCUCAAUACUUCACAACUAGGCCCCGCCCAGCCGCCGACGACACCUGAGACGUCAGUGUUCGGCCAUAUUAGAACUGGUACCCACAUCGGCUGUCAGCGUCCUCCCGUUUCACUACGAGCCCUCCCCCCUCCAGCAGAUGCAGAACGGAAGCCGGGGGGGGGAUGAAAAGGACCCAGAGGAGAGUGAGGGGAGCAUUGAGCGGCGCAGGCUUCCUGGGCUCUGACUCCAUGGUUCUGAUGUAAACCCAGCUGAACCACCCGUUAUGGAUUUGCCUGGGGGGUCUACAUCCUGGGCUGAUCCGACAACACUUUAGGGAACCUGCAAGGGCUUCAGUAUUAAGAUGAAUCUAACGGAGAGACUGACGGAGUUUGGCGAGCAGGGUCGUUACGAUUAUGUUAAUAGCACGUCCGUGUCGCACAUUGGCAACGCUACCUUUAGAGACAUCCAGGAGAUUAUACACACUGCCACCUUGGUCACGUGCACUUUUCUACUGAUAAUCAUCUUUUGCCUGGGGUCCUAUGGAAACCUUGUGGUCUUCUUGUCAUUCUUUGAUCCAGCUUUUAGGAAAUUUAGGACCAACUUUGACUUCAUGAUCCUGAAUCUGUCCUUCUGUGACCUUUUUAUCUGUUGCAUAUCUGCCCCAAUGUUUGCCUUUGUCUUGUUUCUAGAUUCCGGCAAGAAUGUCCCCGACGCGUUUUGCUUCACUUUCCAUCUCACCAGUUCUGGAUUCAUUAUUAUGUCUCUUAAAACAGUGGCCGUGAUUGCGCUUCACCGCCUGCGAAUGGUGCUUGGGCAGCAGCCCAACAGGACAGCCUCUUUUCCCUGCACUUUAAUGCUGACCGUUCUGUUGUGGACGACGAGUUUUACUUUGGCCACGCUGGCCACACUAAGGACAAGGAAGUCUCGGAUUUGCCUUCCCAUGUACAGCCUGAUUAACGGAGAAGGGAAAAUUAUCUUGUACUUGUAUGUUAUUGAUUUUACCUUCUGUGUUGCCAUUGUGUCUGUUUCCUACAUCAUGAUAGCGCAAACGCUGAGAAAAAAUGCCCAAGUCCGAAAAUGCCCUAUAAUCACUGUAGACACAUCAAGACCACAGCCAUUUAUUGGGCCAGCAGUCGAGGGCGUGCAUUGUGCUGUGCCUGCUCUGUACAGGAAUCAGAAUUACAAUAAACUUCAGCAUGUCCAGACACAUGCCUACACCAAAAAACUAAGCCAGAUGCCAGUGCCAGCCAGCCGAUUGCAGCUUGUCUCUGCAGUCAACCUGUCCACUGCUAAAGACUCCAAAGCGGUGGUGACUUGUGUUGUGAUUGUUCUCUCCGUUUUAAUCUGUUGCCUCCCGUUAGGGAUCUCAUUGGUCCAAGAUGUCCUAACUAGUAACAGCAGUUUUAUCCUGUACCAGUUUGAGCUUUGUGGCUUCACUCUCAUAUUUCUGAAGUCUGGUUUGAACCCUUUUAUAUAUUCCCGUAACAGUGCUGGACUGAGGAGGAGGGUCCUUUGGUGUCUGCAGUACGUUGCCCUGGGCUUUUUAUGCUGCAAAAAAAAGACAAGAUUACGUGCCAUGGGCAAGGGGAGUCUAGAGGUCAACAGGAACAAGUCGUCCCACCACGAAACCAACUCUGCUUACAUGUUGUCCCCAAAGCCACAAAAGAAGUUUGUGGACCAAGCGUGUGGCCCAAGCCACUCUAAAGACAGUGUUCUAAGCCCUAAAGGGUCUGCUGGGCAUCAGCACUACGCACAAAGCAGCUCCACUCCAAUUAAUACCCGCAUUGAACCCUAUUACAGUAUCUACAACAGCAGCCCCUCUCAAGAACUCAGCACGCCCAACAGCUUGCAGCCGGUGAACUCUACGUUUGGCUUUGCCAAGUCUUAUAUUGCCAUGCAUUACCAUACGGCCAAUGACUUGAUGCAAGACUGCGAGAGCACCUCGGCCAAGCAGAUACCUGUGCCAUCUGUGUAGCAGCGAUGCCAUGUUGCGCAUCAUGUCAGCAUUCGAUUUCAUUGCCAUAAAUCUCUAGGUUUAACAAUUGACGGUUUCAUGAGUAUUAGGACUCAAGUGUAUACAAAGUAUUUUCAUAUAACUUUAUUAAAUAAUGUAAUGUUGCAUUACUGGAGCGAUUACUUUUUUAAGAUUGCAUUCUGCGAUUAGGAUCUGAGUUUCUUUUGUACUUACAAGGGCACUUACAUUUUAAAUCACUCAACAGGAACUCGUGUAGGUGCAAAACUGCUUUCCAGCAGUAGCACAGUAACCAAUUAGCAGUUUGCUGCAGGAACAUCAUAGUCAGUAAAUGCUGCUUAUGUUCCAAAUGUGCAGUUUCCAUAGGUGUAUGCAUGAAACAUGGCCUCUCACUUUUUUGUUUGCUAGUGCCCGUCUCUGUGCCAAGAAUGGGGUCUCGCCUAAAAGGUUUGGACUAUCAGAACUUAGCCACAAAGGUGCCAGUUGGUCAGGGGGUAUGGCCAAAUUUGGGUAUGUGUGGCCACCUUUAUAAAGCCCUGUUCCGUGCCAAAACAUGUCUAAUAGGCAACACUCCCAACUUUUGAAUUACAUUUCCCAGAAUGCUUUAGUCAUAUGAAAGCUCCUCCGGCAUUAUAAUUGCCAUAUUUUGCCAAACAUGUCUCUCAUAUACUGAGUGCUGUAUCUAAAAUCAUUCUACAACUCUGAUCACUGCAGCCCCUCUCUCCCCCCUCCCCUUUUUCAAUACGAAAUGAAGUUUGGCUUCAGUAUAAGGGCAAAUUGAAUAGAGUUCUAUACAGGUUUCUUUUUUUAAAUGUUGUCCUCUAUAAUGCAAGUAUAUUUUUGUAUUAGGUGCAAAAAAAUACAAAAGAAAUAUAAAAUGGACAGAAUUGUUUUUUAUGGCAAGAAUAUCUAAUUCUUAUUUAUUUGUCACCCCCCAUAACAUUGUUUUCCUUUUGUUUCUUUAUUUAUUGAGAUUAAACAUUACUUAAUUUGAGCCUUUAAAA